AGGGCGGGUUCGUAAUUAUCCGGCCCGACGAAGCGCUUCCCGGAAACGGAGCUUUAAAGCGAGAGACACUGGAGACAAGUCGUAUGUUAGUUGCAUUGAUAGUAACAUCAUGGUAGGGGGCUCUCGAUAGCUCAACAAAUUCUCUGAAACCCAAACCUCUCUUUUCUCUUCUUCUCCUUUCAGCCCCCAGAAAUCGCCCCUUCUUACCGCUUCUUUCCACUUCUCCGGCGACGCCUGCCGCCGCCGCGGCGAUCUGCCGCUCCUGCACAUUGUCUGAAAGUGUGAUGCUUUUAUGCGCUCGAAUAUAAAGCUAUUAUUACACGUCUAUGUGGUUGUAUGUGCCCUGUUUCUAGGUUUUGGGAUUCGCCGUGCUGGUCAGAGAACGCGAAUGUGGCUGCUUGGAGUAGAGAGCGAGAAAUGAGGUUUUCUUGUAUGCUGAUUUUUGCUUCGAGUUCGGGGAGGAAUCGAGCUUUAUUUCAGAUCUAGGGUUGUUGAUUUUGAUUUUGGAGGGGCCUGGAGGUGCAUUUGGUCUGUGGCACGUGGUUUUGAAGUGUGGAUGGGAAAUUAGGGUUUUAAGCUGUGUGCGGGGUGGUUUUGCUAGUUUGUUUGUUGGUAGGGUUUGGAUUUGGGGAUGAAUCGGAGUUUUCGGGCUGAGGAGUCCCAAAUGCAGGGGUCAAUGACACGGAGGCUGCCGAUUGGGGGUCUGAGGACGUCGACGAUGAAGGAGAAGGAAGACGAACUGGCGUUAUUUCUCGAGAUGCGAAGACGCGAAAAGGAGCGGAAUGAUCUGCUCCUCCAGAAUUCGGAAGAGCUCGAUGCUCCCCUUGGAUUGGGACCGGGCACUUCUCCCUUAUUCAAUAUUGCAUCUUCUACACCUGCUCGCAAGACUGGUGCUGAUGAUUUCUUGAACUCCGACAAUGAUAAAAAUGAUUAUGACUGGCUUCUAACUCCUCCAGGAACUCCUCUUUUUCCUUCAUUGGAGAUGGAAUCACAGAAAACUGUCAUGAGUCAGAUUGGAACUCCUAAAGCUCGCCCUACUGCAUUGAAAUCUAGAGUAAGGCUAGCAAACCCCCAGCCAGAGCUUCCAGGCAGGAGCAACUUAGCAUCUAGACAGCCAACAUCAUCUCCUGGGUUAAAUACUUCAAGUACAGGAGUUCGCAGGCCCUCAUCUUCAGGGGGUUCAAGGCCUUCCACACCAACUGGACGCCCCACAUCAGCCUCUGCAAUUAAACCUACAGUGGCCAUAACUAAAUCCACAUCGGCUUCCAUUUCCAAACCUACAACUACCACUGUCUCUAAACCUUCAAGGUCAUCUACACCUACUUCUAGGGCUACAUUGCCUUCAAGGUCUUCAACACCUACUUCUAGGGCUACAGUGUCUUCAACUAAGCCAACUGCCCCAGCAAGAUCAUCCACUCCUGUGUCCAGGAGUACUGCUAGAUCAUCAACACCAACGUCCAGGCCUACCUUACCAGCAUCCAGACCUACAUCAAAUACUGCAAGAUCUUCAACGCCAACAUCUAGACCUACCUUACCAUCAAGAGCAGCAACACCAACUCGUAGAGCAGCUGCUGUUCCUACUUUAGCAAGUUCAUCUGCUCUUCCAGUUAAGUCUUCUUCUUUGGUAGUGAAGUCAGGUCCUGCAACAGCUGCAAAACCGGUGCCACCACGCACUAGUUCACCAACAGUAAAAUCCAGACCGUGGAAGCCUUCAGAGAUGCCUGGUUUCUCCCUUGAUGCGCCACCAAAUUUAAGGACCUCCCUUCCUGACAGGCCACUUUCAGCCACUAGGGGCAGGCCUGGAGCACCAACUGCCCGUUCUUCUUCUGUUGAGCCUGUUUCUAAUGGAAGGGUCAGACGGCAAUCAUGCUCUCCAUCUAGAGGCCGACCUCCCAAUGGCAUCAUCCAUAACAGUGGAAGCUCUGUUCCUGCAGUCAGUCGUAUACAUGCUAAAGCUAAUGACAAUGUGAGUCCUGUUUUGAUUGGAACCAAGAUGGUUGAAAGAGUAAUUAAUAUGAGGAAACUGGCUCCACCAAAGCAAGAUGACAAGCAUUCUCCUCAUAGCAACUUAUCUGGGAAAUCUUCAUCUCCUGACAGCUCAGGCUUUGGAAGAACAUUGUCAAAGAAAUCUCUUGAUAUGGCUAUAAGGCAUAUGGAUAUAAGGCGAAGCGUUCCAGGUAACUUAAGACCACUGAUGACGAAUAUACCAGCGUCCUCUAUGUAUAGUGUGAGAUCGGGGCCUGCUCGAAGCAGGACCAUUAGUGUAUCCGACUCUCCUCUUGCAACAAGCAGUAAUGCCAGUUCUGAAGUGAGUGUCAACAAUGGCCUGUGUGUGGAUGCAAGCAUCGAUGAUGAUAUUAACAGUGAUAAAGGUGCCCGAUCUCCUGCCAGUGUCCGGGGUAGGUGAUGAUUGGCGCCCUUUGAGCCUGUAGAUUGGGACCUUCUAUGCUAUGAUAUUAACUGGUGGUCUUAUCCACUUUGUGAUUUUGUCCUCGAUCUCAAUGGGCAUGAUAGCUCAAAGGCAAUUGCUUUCUGGAGAAGAAAAUAGCUGACGACCCGGCUCCUGUGAUUGGUGUAAAGUCAGAAUGGAUUCCAUACCUAAGUUCAUCAUACUUGUCAAAAAUACUGUUGUACUUAACUCAAAUGCUGUGCCAUCUUUGGCCCUCAUAUUCUGCAACCAUAUAGUCGUCCUAGUCCUAGAUGCCGUUGUACUACUAAAAUUCAAAUCCUGAUCCGUCUUUGAGCCUAUUUUUCUGGUUCAUUCUGAACUUGCUUGAGAAUGUUGGCAUUAUGGUUAAGGAUAUGGUAUGAAAGUAAUGUCCAAUUAGCCUCUAUAUUUACAGUAAAUUUGUUUCAUGAA